GUUAAAGAACUCGUUCUUGACAACUGUAGGUCAUACGAAGGCAAAAUCGAAGGCCUUACAGAUGAGUUUGAAGAGCUGGAAUUCUUAAGUACAAUCAACGUAGGCUUAACCUCAGUUGCAAACUUACCAAAGUUAAACAAACUUAAGAAGCUCGAGCUAAGCGACAACAGAAUCUCAGGAGGACUGGAAGUGUUGGCAGAAAAGUGUCCAAACCUCACGCAUCUAAAUCUAAGUGGCAACAAAAUAAGAGAUCUCGGUACAAUAGAACCGCUGGUUGCUGUGGGGCUCGGUGUGGCCCCGGGCUGUCUCGCAGCCGUGCCCCGGGGCUGCGCCGGCAGC